UGGAAAAAGUUCAGCUCGUGGUCGCCUUACAGACUGUAGACUGGCACAAAAUCUGUAUGGGAUCCAAUGCGCUUGUUGAGCAAAUCCUUGCAAUAAGCCAUUGACAUUGUCAGGCUAAGGCCGUUUGAAUGGAAAGCCAGCUCAGAGCCAAGGGCUUAAGGCUUUAUUUUGAAAAUAGAGCUCCACCUAGUGGCCAUUCGAAGGCUGACCGCUAGGAUCCUAGGAACCUGCCAGUUCAGGAAGCCUCUCUGAAUUUGUUUUCUUUCUGCUGUUAGGUUCUACGCCUGUACUUGCGCUAGAUUUUAGCUUCCCUUCGCCCUCUGGUGGGAAACCCUUCCGUGUUGUUCUUACGUCUGUAGGACAAAGACAGACCCUUCCCAGAGUGUCAGCAGAUAGAAGGGCAGUUGGAGGCUGGUGGUGGGAAGAAUACGGGGCAGAGACCCCCGGGUCUCUUGCUGGCUGUUCCAUUGACUGUACACUUGUUUUCCCCACCGGGGCUCAGAGCCCUUAUCUAUGUAACCAGAGGCCUGAAGGCCGAAUCUGUCUAGGGCAACAUCUGCUUCUGAGAUUCUGUGGGUCCAGAAGGGGUUUGGGAAGAAGAGGGACUUCAGACCUUGGCAUCUGCCGUUUCUCGGGGGGAGGAGUCUUAUUCCACAAACUGGGCUUGCUGUGAGGUGGAGUCAUGGGACUGGCCUGGGACCAUGAGAAAACGUCCAAACACAAGCCUCCUUGGAUAGUUCCAGUCACUCUAGGGAGGGGCGCCCAUGUCCUCUUCACAGGGCGGGCAUGGGCAGCAGAUUUUGCUGCUGGAAGACUUUUUGGAAGAGGUAUCCAAGGGGGAAGAAACCCAGGAUUUUAAAUGGACAAAUAUUUAAAAUCUGUCAAAUUAACAAUUAAAAAAAUAUGCUCAGCUAAGGGUGUAGCAGGUUGGGCAGAUGGAUCGGAAUAUAAACAGGUUGACCUUGUUCGGGGCAACCUGGUAACAUCAAGAGCUCUGAAAAUGAUCAUUACUCUUUUCUUGGAAAUUUCAAUUAUGGAGGCAGAAAUAUAGGCAAAGAUUACAAUACAAAGCUGUUCAUGCAACCUUCCAUCACAUUAGAGAAAACUGGAUGCAAUCUAAACAUUUAGCUUCAGGGAAGAGGUUUAAUAUGGAGGCAUUCAAAUGUUAUUUCUGUAAUUUUCCAUGGAGUCUUUCUUCAAGGGGAAUGUACAGUCUAAGGUACAAAUGGAUGGACCCAAGUGGGGGAGGGGGUUCUGUUUCAGCACCCCACUGGACUGAGGACCUGGUUGGUCCCCACGUUCCUCUGUGACACCUCCUGAGGCAUUUGCCCAGCACACACAGGACUCCAGGGCACAGAUCAGAGCCAAAGCUUGGUCAAGCUCAGGAUACUGAUGAUGACCCUUCUCUCUGACUGGUCGCCACUGUGAGGUCCAUCACAUGACCGAGAACUACAUGUGGGACUCCAACACCAACAAGUCAUUUAACAUAGGUAUCAACAGAGACAGCCGGUUGCCUCUCUGGUGGAACGGAUCAGAACCUCUGUGGGUCACUCUGACCAAGGCCAAAAGGAAGGUCUACAUGUACUAUUGGCCAGGCUGUGAGGUUGAGAUUCUUGGCGUCAGACCAACUUACUGCCUCGAGUAUAAAUCUGUCCCAACGGAUGCCAAUUUUGUCAAUGCAGUCAACGGUGCUCUUGACGUCUUCAAGAGUGGCCAGGCGGACCUGGCGGCCAUCUACUAUGAGCGCAUCGACGUGGAAGGCCACCAUCACGGGCCCUGGUCGCCACAGAGGAAAGACGCCGUGAAGGCCGUGGACACCGUGAUGGCGGACAUGACCAAGUGGAUCCAGGAACGGGAGCUGCAGGACGACCUUAACGUCAUCAUCUUCUCAGAUCACGGGAUGACUGAUAUUUCAUGGAUAGACAAAGUGAUUGAGCUGGAUAACUACAUCAACCUCCAUGAUCUGCAGCAGGUGAAGGGGCGAGGGCCGAUUAUGAGCCUGUGGCCAGCCCCUGGGAAGCAUUCGGAGAUAUAUAACAAACUGAGGCGAGUGGAGCAUAUGACUGUCUACGAGAAGGAAGACAUUCCAAGCAGGUUCCAUUACAAGAAAGGGAAGUUUGUCUCCCCUCUGACCCUAGUGGCUGACGAAGGAUGGUUCAUAACUGAGAAUCGACAGUCGCUUCCAUUCUGGAUGAACAGCACCAUCACCCGCAAGGCAGAAGGCUGGCAAUGGGGCUGGCAUGGAUAUGACAACGAGCUCAGAACCAUGAGGGGCAUCUUCCUGGCCUUCGGACCCGAUUUCAAGUCCGACUUCAGAGCCGCUCCCAUCAGAGUCGUGGAUAUCUACAACCUCAUGUGCAGAGUGACAGGCAUCACCCCUCUGCCCAACAACGGGUCCUGGUCCCGGGUGAUGUGCAUGCUGAAGGACCCGGCCAGCUCGGCCCUGGGUGCCCAGCCCAGCGCCUCUGCCCUGGUCACUGUCCUGGUGGUACUGCUGGUGAUGCUGGCCUAGCUGCGUGUGCCAUGUCCCCAACACUCAGCACAGUGGGUGAAUUAACCACCUCCUUGAUUCAUGCAAGGCCAUACAACUAUUAAUCUAUUCUUGAAUGAUUCCAUACACAAAAGUCCCUACUUCUUUAGAAUUGUUUUUGUUUUUUCUAGAGGUAAGAAAAGUUCUAGCUUUUCAUUUGUUCAGCUAUAGGUUAUUUUCUUUCUUUCUUUUUUUCUUUUUUUUGUACUCAGAUGAAUUGUCUGAACAGGGCCUCCCACUGUAGUGACCAGACCCCAGGUGGGUGUUCUAUGGAGUCCUGGCCCCUCUGUUUUGCACAAAGUAGGCCCUGGUCUGAGGUCCGUCUACACCUGGGAGCCAUCCUGCACAGCUCCUUCCAUCGGGGGAAAAAGGAGGCUCAUGUGAAAGCAGUAGCUGCUGUCUAUUUCUGACCCAGCUCGUGGGGUUUCUUCACCUUAUACAAAGUCUCAGAAAUGGGCUUGGCUCGCCCAUCAGUGAAACUCACUAAGAACUGCAGAAUUCAGAGAACAAAAUGAAAGAUAUGGGUUCCUUCCCCAAGUCUGGGUGCACAAUAUUUUCUCCCCGUGUUGAGGAGCAGAAGAAUUUACCAUAGAUACGGGCUCCUACGAGCCUUCUCCUAGCGUAUUCACGGUGUGAACACACACACGGCAGGAGCUGCAUUGCCUGUCUGCCUAUCUGCCUGUGGGAAGGCUGACUUAGAGGAUCCUAUAUAGAAUGUGAGUGCAUGCUCAGUCACUUCAAUCAUGUCUGACUCUGUGCAACCCCACGGACUGGGGCCCCCAGGCUCCUCUGUCCAUGGGAUUCUCCAGGCAAGAAUACUAGAGUGGGUUGCCAUUUCCUACUCUAGGGAAUCUUCCCAACCCAGGGAUGAAACCCAGGUCUCCUACACCUUCUGCACUGGCACGUGGGUUUGUUACCGCUAGUGCCACGGUAAACUCCAGCAACGCUUGACAUACCAUCUAUCAUCACGGUUGGGGAAAGGGAUGUCUGGCUGAUGACAGUGUGGACAUACUUGCAGAAAUCUCACUCCAUUGCUUGAAAUGGUGAUGUACUGGGUGUAAGUUUGAUGCACCCUUGUCCCUGAGAGCAAGGUUUCUUUAACAGCCACAGCAAAGUGGACCCUUGAGUGACCCAGAAUCCAAGAAAAAUGGUGGAGCACAGGGAACAGAGUUAGCGUGAUGCAGCUGAAUCCCAGUCACUAACCACUCAGCCAUUUGAUGAGGUAACAGUUUGGGCAAAGUGACACCUCAGAGACCUUGGUUUUUAAGAAACCCCAAAGAAGAGGCUCUGAGCCUUGGCUGAAAUGUUUUUAGUCUUGUAAGUCUGCUAUAGGAGACCUUGUUGCAAAACAAGAGAUACCUGCACUUCUGUAUGAUCAGAGUCAUAGACAUGUAUCACUGCCUUAAAAACGAGUUUGUGCUAAAUGAAUCCCACCUGCAGAUAAGACGUUUCAUCAAGAAAAGACAACAGAUCAGGUCUCGGCAGGACAAUAAAGCCCCUUAUGUGCUGUUUACCUUGAAAAAUGAAAAUCUACGCUCACCCUGAUUCAAGAAGUCUGGGAGCCAUCUCUAGACCUUGAAUCAUGAGAGCAAAGGAUCACUGCUUAAAAAUAGCACAUUUAUCUUCACAAAAGAUUUCUAAGGUUUUAUGUAAUGUGUUUUUAAAGCGCUAGCAAACCAUCAAGUCAAUAGGAAAGGCAAAUCAGCCUUUGUUAUCUGUCUGAAAGCCCAUUAGUGCUUUGGGAACAUUGUGGUGGUUAUUGAAACAACAUCUAUUGUUUGAAGUUUUCUUUCUCUGUAAAGGACUGUGUUCUAAUGAAUUUGGUGGAGCUCACUGUGCUCCCAUGUGAAGAAAGGAGACCUAAAAGAAACCCACUGAUUCAAUUAAAAGUGGAUUAUCCAAGUCUAAAGGGGUACGAACAGAUACACGGUCUUGAGUUUGUCCUUCCCACUCUGGUCUACCAAUUUGUCCCGUCACUCAUUCUUAAAAUCUUCAAGUUACAUAAUCAAAUUUCAGACAUCUGCCUGGCAAGGUGUAGUUACUCUGUAAGUCGUUUUGAAGCUCCAGUACUUUGCACACCUGAUACGAAGAGCCGACUCUUUAGAAAAGACCCUGAUGCUGGGAAAGAUUGAAGGAAGGAGAAGAAGGGGAUGACAGACAAUGAGAUGGCUUGAUGGCAUCACUGACUCAACGGACAUUAAGUUUGAGCAAACUCUGGGAGAUGGUGAAGGACUGGGAAGCCUAGCAUGCUGCAGUCCAUGGGGUUGAGAAGAGUCGGACACAACUGAGCAACUGAACAGCAACAAAAAUGAGAAUAAGACACGUUUGGAAUCAUAAAUAUUGGUGAAUAAUAAGAAAAUUCAGACACUGAGUGGAAGCAAAACCGUAAACCUAAAGCAACACAUAUGUUUUAGUGGCUCAACUGUUUAGCUAGAAUUUUUUUCUUCUGAUUUUUGUUCUAAGCUAUGUUCUUUUCCCAAGGAAAAUUCUACUUUCUCUAAAUGCAUUUUGUUCCAUCAGAGUAACAUUUGCUAGGACCAUACACACAACUUUCCUCCUAUUUUACCACUUCAUUGCUAAUUCCGGGAGGAAGGUCAUUGGAGUGACCUGCAAAUACCAAAGACAGAUGAAAGAAGUGAUCUUUAAGUUGAAGAUAAGAUGAGAGGCUACUGUCCCUUCCUGUAUGCAGAAUCACCAGAACCCAACUCAACUACGUUCUGAAGCCUUCAGCAUCAAUUAGAGCAGACCCAGGGAGUUCUUUUUCACCUCCAAGAGGCCUGACUUACAAAGUCCCAACUCUUUUUACUUUUAAAGGGCUCUUCAAAAUCCACAGCAGAUCUGAACUGUCAUAGACAGCAGUUUGCAAACCUUCUGGGAUUGCCAGCAUCAUUGGCCCUCUUCCGGAGAUGCAGGUUCUGAGGACCUGGCAUGGGGCCUUCAACAACACUUUUAAGUCACAUGGAUCUAAGGUCCAGGUUUGCCCUAACAAGUGGUGGGUUCUGAUUUGACCUUGGUACACCUGAGUCUCCCACAGCAAUUUCAUGAUCUGCCGGUCUCUUCAGCGGCCAUCAGCCUGGCAUUGGCUACUGAUCCCAGCUGGGUCAGCUUCCCGCCCUUCUAAAACCAAAACAGACUUAUAAGUCCCGGUGAUGAAAUGGCUUUUCAAUAUCCAAUCCCCAUGAGUUUAAGAUCCUCAACGGUGCUAUCAGACAAACUUGCUGUUCAAGACACACAGCUCUUUUAUGAAUUUUCUAUGAAAGUGUUUUACAUGUCUGUAAAUUUCAAGAGAUUUCCAAAUGUGAUUAUGUGUUUAAUCUUUGUAAGCAAUUGGUGAUAGACCAAAGUCAGCUCUUGUAAGCUACUUGUGAGGAGGAAGAAAGAUGGUAGGCUUGACAGCCUAGUUAUAAACCACAGGAAACUUGGUCUCAGGUCUGUGUGAUGGAAGAUAUGCUUAUGUGUUGCUUUGAAAUCAUAAAAUUGCACCUAGUAUUGUGUCUCACGUGUUUUGUAAAUGUCCCAUAAAUGUGUUGAAUCAAAAAAAGAAUAAAUAAAACUGAGGAGACUUGCUUA